UCCAGUUGACCUCCCAGGCAGCAGCAUUGACCCCGGAAGUGUUUGGUGAACGGUUAAAAGCCAGUUGACGUCGCUAGCUAGCGUUAGCUCCUGUUAGCCGGUUCAGUCAUUGUGCAGGAUGGAGGUGACACGCAGAAACUAUAAAGACAGCUUAAACACGGUGUACAGCGCCAUAGAGGAGGCGGACUUCCUCGCCAUCGAUGGAGAGUUUUCAGGGAUAAGCGAUGGUCCUAAUGUGAGUGCACUCACCAACGGGCUGGACACACCAGAGGAGAGAUACACCAAGCUUAAAAAGCACUCCAUGGACUUUCUGCUGUUCCAGUUUGGAUUAUGUACAUUCAAGUACGACCAGACAAAGUCAAAAUAUAUCACAAAGCCUUUUAAUUUUUAUAUAUUCCCCAAACCGUUCAACAGGACGUCCCCUGACCUAAAGUUCAUCUGUCAAAGUUCCAGUAUUGAUUUCUUGGCCAGUCAGGGAUUUGACUUCAACAAGGUGUUCUGUCAUGGAAUCCCAUACCUAAACCAAGAAGAGGAAGCCCAGCUGAGGGAGCAGACGGAGGAGCGGAGAAAUCAACAUGCUAACGGUGUCGGGACGCCAUCCUUCAUCUCCCCAUCCUCCAAAGGCCCUGCACACGUACCUGAGGAACACAAAGACUUCAUCAACAGGGUGAUAGGGAAGGUUGAAGCCCUCUUCACUAACUCUGAGAAGACAAUUGACUUGGAUCCAUGUACCGGGUUUCAGAGAAAGCUGAUAUACCAGACACUGAACUGGAAGUUUCCCAAGGGGCUUCAUGUGGAAACUGUGGAAACAGAAAAGAAGGAGCGAUUCAUCCAGAUCAGCAGAGUAGAUGACGAGGAGAGGAAGAGGAGGGAGCAGCAGAAACAGGAGAGAGAGCAGGAGGAGCUAAAUGAUGCUGUUGGCUUCUCCAGAGUCAUCCACGCCAUCUCUAAAUCUGGUAAACUCGUGGUUGGCCACAACAUGCUGUUGGAUGUGAUGCACACCAUUCACCAGUUCUACUGCCCUCUGCCAGAGGAUCUUCAAGACUUCAAAGAGGUCACAAUGUGUGUCUUCCCAAGAAUUCUGGACACAAAGUUGAUGGCCACCACUCAGCCUUUUAAGGAGCUGAUCAAUAACACGUCUCUGGCCGAGUUGGAGAAGCAGGUGAAGGAGAGCCCCUUCAAGUCACCACAAGUUGAAACGGCAGAGGGGUUCCACAGUUAUGACACAGCCCAGGAGCAGCUCCACGAGGCCGGGUACGAUGCCUACAUCACUGGCCUCUGUUUCGUCUCGAUGGCCAACUACCUGGGCUCUUUCUUGACUCCACCUAAAGCGUACAUCUCUGCUCACUCCAAACUAGUUGAGCCUUUCUUCAACAAGCUUUUCCUGAUGAGGAUAAUAGAUAUUCCCUACCUCAACAUCACAGGACCAGAUUUGCAACCUAAAAGAGACCAUGUCCUGUAUGUCACCUUCCCAAAAGAAUGGAAGACCAGUGACCUCUACCAGCUCUUUAGUGCCUUUGGAAACAUCCAGGUUUCCUGGAUCGACGACAUGUCAGCAUUUGUGUCACUAAGUCAGACGGACCAGGUACAGAUAGCUAUGAACACCAGCCGCUAUGCAGAGAGCUACAGGAUCCAGACGUAUGCAGAGUACAUCCAGGGUAAGCAGCAGGACAAGGAGAAGCUCGGCCCAACGCCCAAAUCUUGGGGAGAGGACGGCUGGGUGAAACCUCCCUACACCUCCGCUUCUUCUGUUAGUUUUGGAUAUCACAGGGGUUUGAGGAAACGCAGCAUCAGUCCCGUUCUCGGAGAGCAGGGGAUCGGAGACAAUCAAGUUACAGACGGCUGGAGCCACUACUCGUACCCGGAUGGCACCGGCAGCAAGAAGAUGAAAACUGAUGACAAAAGUGGACACGCAAAUGCAGAAGCUAUCGAGAGCAAGACCUCAGAAGGAUGGCUAAAGACGGCAGAUGCAUCAGAUUCAGCGGGGUCGAGUCCAGUCCCGGGUGAUAAGGAGGAGGAAAGUCCUGCAGGCAAUGAUGCUGAGGGGACGGUCACCUGGCAACAAGCUCCGACGGUCCCCGGGAGGAAAGGUCAAAAGAGCAAGAAAAAGAAGUCUGAAGGGGCUGAAUCUGCAACAUCGCUGUUUGAGGUGCCAGAAGUCUGGUAGCGAGAGGUGAGGAGUGGAGAGGCCACUGUCCCACAAUGAGCUCCUGCUUAAGAGUCUCUUCCUAAGCACUUGGGUCGCUCUCCUGUAAGGUUGUACAUCACUGGGAGUGGUGCACGCCCUAAAUUCAUUCGUUCACUCAGCAGCUGUGGAAUCCGUGUCCAAAGCUACCAGCCAAGCCUCUUGACUGAACUAUUGAAAGAGAGAACACAAGCCAUAACGACAGCUGCCAUAUUUUGAUCUUAUAUCAGAGGAGCAGGCAACUCUUUUGGGUAAACACACACACACACACACACACACACACACACGCUCUUCACUAGAAUCUUAAAAUCUUUAACUCCAGAAAUGUUGAUUUAUUCUGUGUUCAGACUGGAAUCUGCCACCACAGUCAUGCCGUCACAUUGAAAUGAUUUUAAAUGGCCCCGUCACCUCCAAACAGUCUUAUAUUUUGUGAGCGAGUUUGUGCAUGUGAGGGAGAUGUACAUUUUCUCCUGUCUCUGUAUCCCUGUGAAUCCGUUUUCAUAAAAUACCACCGGACAGGUUCUGUAGUUUACAACGUCUGGGUUAUUUAGUUAUUUUUAAUGCAGUCAAAUAUUUUUUUUUUUUUUCCAUUUUAAAACAAGUUCUAUCAACUUCCCCAGUUUUAUCAAAACUAUAUAAGCUUAUCAAUGAUAAUGUGAUGUUUAUUAUUGGUGGCAUUCUGAUCCUUUAUGAGAGGUGCUUGUUUUCGUUUUGUACAGUUGUUUUUCUUUACCUUUUUUUGUGUUUAAUGUUUUGUAACUGUGUCAAUCUGCAACAUUGUCAAAGUAUGUUUUAAUGCAAAAGGUGUAAACGUUAAGAAGACGUAUACAUUUUUGUAUAAGAUAAAGUUUAAAAAUACUGAAAAUAUUUCCUUGGAAAGGGAAAAAAAUUAAAGAAUGUUUCUUAGUA